GCAGGGAGCUGACAGGACCCUCUCCCGCUCAACAAUUUUCACGUAAUAUUUUCUUCUGUAAAUUAAAGUUUCUUUGUUUAAUUACGUUUCCUCAAGACGAAUGUGAAGGCGCGGUUAAAUGCCGUUCACUGACUGAGGGGAUUGUCCUCUUAAAAGAUUUCACAGAAGACUGCCGCUUAAUUAGUCCUCACCAUGGCGACGGUUGUGAUGGAGCAGAUUGGGAGGCUGUUCAUCAACGCACAGCAGCUUCGCCAGAUCCCCCGUUUCCUGGAGUCAGCCUUCCCUAAACUGCCCUGUACUGUGAUGGUGAGCGAUGUGCCGUGGGUUUUCCGUGAGUCGCACAUAGUCACGGGCUACAGGCCGCCCGACCAGAACUGGCGCUACUACUUCCUCACCCUGUUCCAGAGGCAUAAUGAGUCUGUAAAUGUGUGGACACACCUGCUGGCCUCCCUCAUUAUUUUAGUCAAGUUUCAGGAGCUGUCUGAAACUGUGGACUUCCUGCGGGACCCACACGCCCAGCCGAUGUUCAUUCUGCUCCUAGCCGCGUUCACCUACCUGGGCUGCAGUGCGCUUGCCCACUUGCUCUCAGCCAAGUCUGAGCUUUCCCACUACACCUUUUAUUUUUUGGACUACGUUGGCGUAGCCGUAUACCAGUAUGGCAGCGCCCUGGCCCACUUCUAUUACGUCAUCGCAGAAGAAUGGCACGCUCAAGUGCGAAGCUUUUUCUUGCCAGCCGCAGCCUUCCUGGCCUGGCUCUCCUGUACGGGCUGCUGCUACGGCAAAUACGCCAGCCCGAACUUGCCCAGAUUCGUUCACAAGCUAUUCCAAGUGGUUCCCUCGGGCCUGGCCUACUGUUUAGACAUCAGCCCAGUGUUCCAUCGCAUCUAUAAAUGCUACAGCUCUGAACAAGGCUGUGCCGACCAGGCGGUGGUGUACCACUGCUACCAGGUCCUCUUCUUUUUGAUCAGCGCCUACUUCUUCUCAUACCCCCAUCCUGAGCGCUGGUUCCCGGGAUGUUGUGACUUCAUCGGGCAGGGCCAUCAGAUCUUCCAUGUGUUCCUUGUGCUCUGCACUCUAGUGCAGAUUGAAGCAGUGCGACUGGAUUACAGCGAGAGGAGAUCUUUCUAUGAAAGUCUCCAUGGAGACUUGGCUCACGAUGCAGUGGCUCUUUUUAUCUUCACAGCAUGUUGCAGCGCACUCACUGCAUUCUAUGUGCGCAAACGGGUGAAGGUGUAUCUCGAAGAGAAGCAGGAGUAGAUAUCAAGGCAGGGACACUUGCUUGCACAUGUAGGAAGGAUUGAACUGGUCUACAACAACUGAAGCAACUAACAAUGAAGGCCCUUCUUUUUUUUCAGUGUAUGUUAUAUUUGUCGUUAAUUGUUUUUUUGUGGCUUGCCAAUGCAUUUUGAACCAACCGCUUUCUGUUUACCAAACUGGUGACAUGCUUAAAACCACAUUACAUUUAAAGAAUGGACUGCCCGCUGAAAGGUGCCAUUACAACCUAUUUAACCAGGUUUACAUGAGAUCUGUAAAGGGAUGUCAGCAUGUUUGCUGACAGGUUAGUUUGUAUACAGGAUAGUUUAGGUAGACUGGAUCACUGGAGAGGUUCAUACCUGCAUUGUGCCUCUAAAUCCAACUUCAUUUUGGUGCAGUGUUACUCACAUGGUAUUUACACAUUUGCCAGACAUAUAUUGCAUUCAAUACACCAAAUACACUUUUUUCAUGUGUUCCUGGGAAUCAAACCCAUGACCUUGGUGUUGCUAGCACCAUGUGCUACGUUUUGAAUUACAGGACACACAAUAAGUCAAAUAAGGUAGAUAAAUAAAAUAAAUAAAGUUCCCAUGCCAUUAGACCAGUGCAAUUAGCAAAAUGUGGAGCUCAGAUGAACUCUUAAAUCAUGAAUGAAAUAUUGCAAACUUCAUAAGCAAUACCUUACUGAGAGGUGACUGAUAUAUAU